AUGCAAAGAGAGCAAGCGCUGAAACUGCGUGAAGAAGAGAGAGGGGAUCAGGAAAUUAGCGUAGAAGAAGGGAGAGUUUCUGCUUUUAGUGCAAAGUCGGGAGGUUUUCAGAGAAGCUUGAACGUGAUGGGCAGAAAUACGGAGAGAAGAGCUUGCUUUGCGUGUGGAGAAGUUGGCCACAUCAAAGUGAAUUGCAGAUUUCAGAACGCGGAGUGUCACAACUGUGGCAAGAGAGGGCACACAAAAGCGGUGUGCAAAUCAGGCCCGAGAGAGCAGGCGGCCUUCGUUCGAGAGGUGAGAAAUGGAGUCGCCUUUACGAUGUGGCACGGGGCUGCUCGAGAGUGGCCAAAAGGCUGGAUUGUAGACUCCGGAAGUACGAUGCAUGUGACAGCGGAUAGGACGCAGUUGUCAAGCUACCGGAGGCUAGCAAAACCGGAAAGGAUUGAGGGAAUUGGCGGUGAACGUCUAGAAGUUGUUGGGAUUGAUGAGGUGAAGCUGAGAUGCCAAACCAAAGAGGGGGUGCGGCUGAUAACAUUGAGAGACGUGAGACACGUUCCGGAAGCAAAGGCCAACUUGAUGGCGUUGGGACGUGCAACGGACGCGGGGGCAGAAAUCAGAAUUCGGGGAAAGCGAGCCGAGUUCGCUUUCAAUGGGGAUGUGUGCAUAGAAGCUCUCCAGGUUGACGGACUGUGGCAUGUCUUAACGGUGACCACGGAGAAGAGCUUCAACCCCAAGGAGGUGCCGGUGAAAAACGGAGUGGCGAAGAAGCCAAGAGAAGCGCCGAGGAUUGAAAAGACAAGGGUGGUCGAGAUCGACCUCGAUGACGAAGACGAAGAGAAGCUAUCGGAGAGCACGGAGCCGGAGCAACCAGAAUUACGAGCAAACGAUAGGGGUAUCAGAGAUGAGCCAUCCAUCAAAGAGACACAAGCGACGAGGCCAACGGAGGGAGUGAAGACGAGAGCGCGGGUUCAAGCGAGCGGAAGCGUGGAAGCUAAAGAAAGUGUGGGAGCAGUCGGAGAAAUAGACUUGAGAGGAGAGGCCGUAUGGAUAACGCCUAAGACCAAGAAGAGAGCAAGUCGUAGAAUCUUCCGCGUCUACCUCUAUGGACGCCACUUCACGCUGAUCACGGAUCACGAGCCACUCAAGUGGUUGAUGACCAACAUGCGGCUCACGGGGAUGCACGCCCGUUGGGCUAUCAUCCUCCAAGAGUACGACUUCGAGAUCGCGCACCGCAGCGGGCUCAAGAACCUCGACGCGGACGGUCUCUCCCGCAAUCCGCUGCCGUCAGAUCAUGAUGGGACAGACGCCCGGCAGCACCACGAUCCCAGCCCAGCCGCUGCAA